UAUCAUGGAAGACGCCCUACAUGGCUGGCAGCACUCACACUAUUGACGAAGAAGCUCCAGAUCGAUGGAUUCCGCUCAGGCCUCACCGCUCUUCAGACCGCCAACAAUCUCGUCUUCCUUGGUAUAUGUGAACCACCCUCGGCGGAUACUGUGGCACAGUGGAUUUGGGAGCAUCCUGGUCUCGGUGCUUUCAAAGGUCUCCAGAGUCUUGGCUUCCAGCUCCAUAAUCGGGAUCAUGUCCGUGUAGCAUUCCGCGCUUUCUACGACCAUCUUGACCAGCAUCUUUCCCUCGAGAUGAAGGCGGUUUUAGGAUUUGGGACGCUGUUUGUCGAACAUGUUCUGUGCAAGCACAAGCGCUGGGCCACACGGAUCAAGGAG